AUGCCGCAGCACCGCUGGGACGACGACGAUGACCCAGAGGCGCUGAGCUCGCCCACAGCCAAAAAGCUGCACCAGCGGCACUCUCCAACAGCUGCGAUGGCGGCGCGCGCCAGGAUAGCGCUGCUUGGCCUCCGCGGUCGCCGGAUGCGCCUGGCAGCAGCGGCGGCCACUGCCCUCCUGGUGCUGCUGGUCUGCAUGGCGCAGCGGGCGGCAGGCCCACACUUGCCGACGGGCUUCCCAGGGGGCGAGAGCCAGGCCGCGUCACGGCUGCCACAGGCAAAACACCUUGGAGUGCCCCUCAGCGGCCCAGUAGGCAGCCAUGGCAGCGGCUUGCCUGGGGCCCUGGCAGGUGUGCUGGGCACGGGCAGGGGCUCUGGUGACGUGCUGGUGGAGUUCACAGCCCCCGGCCUCUUCGUGCCUCUCAGCCAGGCACUGGAUGGCAGCCAUGCCGAGUGGCCAGAGGAGGCGCCGCUGAUUGAGGCGGUGCCGCUGCGCGAGCUCAGCCCACCAGAGCUGGUUGCCUUUGGGGGGCGGCCCACGCUGGAGCAGGUGCUACGCCAGCGCCAGCAGCAGCAGCAAGCUACCAGUGAUGGCAGCCCAAGCGUCGCCGCAACCGGCGGCGGGGUGCCGGCCUCUAUCGCAGCCCUGGCUGGCGGCCCGACCCGUGGCCAGACCUCUGCUGACUUGGCAAACCAGAUUCAGAGCGAGCUCCAGCAGGCAGAGGAGGCUUCCCAGCGGGCAAAGCGGGAGAAGGAGGAAGCGACGGCCAAGCCACAAGCGUCAGUGGCGGCCGCGAGAGGUGAAGCGACUGAGGAGAGCUACCAGGCUGCAACAGCAGCUCUGUUUCAGCGCGCCCAGGGGCGGCAAAUGCUGCAGCAGCAGCUGGCGCAGGCGCACUACCCGAACAUCGACCUCCGCUUCUUCCUGGCCCAGCCCGCCAGUGCAGAGCUGGCAGCGGAGUGGCUGCCACAGCUGCAGGAGGAUUUGGCGCACAGCAACGACAUCGUGGUGCUGCGCGGGCCCGACACCUACCUCAACCUGCCCAACAAGACGCUGCGCCUGAUGCGCUAUGCUUUGGCCCACCCGGCAGUCUACACGCACGUGCUGAAGACGGAUGACGACUGCUACAUUCGGAUUGGAAAUGUUAUGGAGGCGCUGGUGGACGAUGCGCCAGAGCAGCAUGCCUCUGCAACGGCAGCACCUGGCGCGCACGGCCCGCGGCGCCUGCCUGCCCUGAACAGAGCGCUGCGAGAGCAGAUGGCGCGCGAUGGCAGUCCUCUUCAUUCCGAUGGCAUCAGUCUCUACAAUGCCACCCGCCUGGUGGCCAGCGCUGGCUCUGCGGCAGGCCGCAAGUACUUGGACGAUGCCGAGGGCCGCCCCAUCUCGCUCGAGCAGCUGGCCAAAGAUGCAGUGGCCGCCGCUAGGCAGCACCAGGAGCAGCUGCAGGCCGACAAGCCGGCAAGGGCAGGCAGACCAGCAGGCAGCACUGAUGGUGUGCAGCAGGAGCAGCAGCAGCAGCAUGCGGCUGCCUCGCUGGCUGCACCGGCGGGACUGGUUGUGGAGCCGACGCCGCGCAUGCAUGGCGUGUACCUGGGAUGCCUGGAGAACAGGGGUGGAUUCUUCCCGAUUCGCGACCCCAACAGCAAGUGGCACAUGUCAGAUGAGGAGCUGCCCGACUCAGCAGUCCCCUUUGCCGUCAAGUACCUGGCAGGAUGGGGGUAUGUUCUGUCGAGGGAUCUGGUGGAUCACGCCGUGCGCAAGGCCAACCUGUUCCGCAGCCGCCCCGAGGUGGCGCCUCCUUGGUUCCGGCCCAUGGCGUGGGAGGAUGUGCUGAUGGCGCUGCUGCUGAUGGAUGUGGUGGCAGAGCCGCAGGACCACCCCGGCUUCAGGGCUGCCUGGCGUGCCUGCCCCUCCACCACCGCCCUGAAGCACCUGGACGUGGAUGCGCCACAGCUGUUCAGGGGGCUGUACGAGCAGGAGAUGUCGGGGCUGUGGGAUGCCAAGCCGGUCCAGUGCUCUGCUGGAGACUUCCUUCCUGGGGACUACAGCAGCUGGAAGGCGUGGCGCGACUCGCUGCCCACCGUGGCCCACAUUUGA